AUGACGACAAGGCUAGGACCAGGCCUGCGGUACAAAGCACUGGUCCAGUGUGGUCAUUUCAUCUGGCAUCCAAGCCGCGCACAUGGCGUCGCCGUUGCAAUUCAAUAUGAUGGUAUCCGCCAAAAUCAUUUUGCGAGUCACAUACGCACAACAUGGCGAACCCCUUCUCCGAUAGAGCCCGUAUAUAGCGUCAUAAAGAGGUUGCGCGCUGCUCAGGUUGUGCUUAGGGCUGACAAGAUUGCCACAAAAAAUUUCAAAGAACCAGCCAAGGAAUCAGUCAAGAGGCCUCCCUCGUUUACUUUGACUAUUCUUCCAAGGCAUUUGGUAUCGGACACCGCCUUCAAUGAUUAUUUCUGGCGGUUGACGUCUCUGACGGGGAGGGUGGCCUCGCUCCUCAUCCACCAGAGUCUGACGGAGCCUUUGUGGAUUUCGACCUACACGAGGCGCGGAAAGGAAACUGGGCUCAGGAACAGUGCCAUCUCGGUUACGUCUCAGCGGAAGAAGAGUGCCUUUCGGGCGGCCCUUCGGAUGCACGGCUACGAUUCGUACGGGAGAAGGAUCGAGAAAUCGAGCGACAAGCCUGAACAGCUGUAUGGAACGGUCAUUCUUCAUGCCGAUGCGGCCGAUGCUAUCAAGACAGAGUACAGCUCGAUUGUUGAAUAUUACCACGACAUAAUCGACCGGUUGGUGCCGAUUCUGGGGUGCGCUGCUGGCAAAAUGCCGCCCCUGCUGAGCACCAAGAAGAAAGGAACUAGGUUACCAGAAAAAACUACUGGGCACCGCGAGACAGAGAGCCACGAACCAGCAAAUACAGUCCAAUGA